AUUCACAACAACAGCAACAACACGGACGCCAUCUUUCCUCUGACAGCCCAACCAGCAGCAGCAGCAGAGUCCAGAGCAGAGAAGAGGGCCAGGCUCCUCAAACAGCAGCGGACUGCGAGCAGCUCCAUCUCUCUGCUGGUGGUCACUGGGCGCAAACCCCUCCUCGCACCGCAGAGUCCUAUGGUCCAAUGUGUUUGAUCGGUGCACGAGCUAAAACGCACUUUUCUUGUGUCGGCCCCGGCUGAGCGAUCGACUUCUGCAACAAACAUCCGACGAGUGCGGCAGGCAGACAGGCAGGAUGAAGCGAGUUCUCCAGGGGGAUGAGCAGGAGGAGGGAGGCGGCCCCAGCGGUGGGUCUCAGGAGUCUCUUAAACGACCCUGCAAGCAGACGAGGGAGGAGGCUUCGGAGGAGGAGGCUUCGGAGGAGGAGACUUCCCGAUGCGAGUGUCUGCCUCAGGAGAUCUUGCUUCACAUCUUCAAGUACCUGCCCCUCCUGGACAGAGCCUACGCGUCUCAGGUGUGUCGAGGCUGGAACCAGGCUUUUCACAUGCCAGAGCUGUGGCGGUGCUUUGAGUUUGAGUUAAACCAGCCAGCCAGCUCGUACCUGAAGGCCACACACCCAGACCUCAUCAAACAGAUAAUCAAAAGGCACUCCAAGCACCUGCAGUAUGUCAGCUUCAAGGUGGACAGCAGCAGAGAGUCGGCGGAGGCAGCGUGCAACAUCCUCUCUCAGCUCGUGAACUGUUCUUUAAAAACACUGGGGCUCAUCUCCACAGCCAGGCCCAGUUUCAUGGAGCUGCCCAAAUCUCACUUCAUCUCAGCGCUAACGGUGGUUUUUGUCAACUCCAAAUCCCUGUCGUCCCUGAAGAUUGACGACACACCGGUGGAUGACCCCUCCCUCAAAGUGCUGGUGGCCAACAACAGUGACACACUCAGAUUGCUGAAAAUGAGCAGUUGCCCUCACGUUUCCCCUGCAGGCAUCCUGUGUGUGGCUGAUCAAUGCCACGGCUUGAGAGAGCUGGCUCUCAACUACCAUUUGUUGAGUGACGAACUCCUCAUCGCCCUGUCCUCGGAGAGACACGUUCACCUCGAGCACCUUCGCAUCGACGUGGUUAGUGAGAAUCCUGGCCAGCAGUUCCACACCAUCAAGAAGAGCAGCUGGGACGCCAUGGUGCGUCACUCUCCUAAAUUCAAUCUGGUCAUGUACUUCUUUCUCUAUGAGAACGAGUUCGGCCCUUUCUUCUGCGAAGAAAUCCCCGUCACACAUUUGUACUUCGGCCGCUCUGUCAGCAAAGACGUGCUGGGCAGAGUCGGGCUCAACUGCCCGCGUCUGGUCGAGCUGGUGGUGUGCGCCAACGGGCUGCGGCCGCUGGAUGAGGAGCUGAUCCGCAUCGCCCAGCGCUGCACGCAGCUGUCAGCCAUCGGCUUGGGAGAGUGUGAAGUGUCCUGCAGCGCCUUCGUGGAGUUUGUCAAGAUGUGCGGAGACAGACUGACGCAGCUAUCCAUCAUGGAGGAGGUUCUGGUCCCAGAUCACCGCUAUGCGUUGGAUGAUAUCCACUGGGAGGUGUCAAAGCAUCUGGGUCGUGUCUGGUCCCCAGACGUGAUGCCGACCUGGUAGAGCUCUCGAAGAAGUUUAGGUUUGAAUGAGGUUAUGAGUGAGUGUAUGUGUGCGUUUGUGAUGCGUGUCCUCGUCUUUCUACAACUUCUGACACCAUCCAUACUGCUUCUCCUGUACAACUACAUUAAGAAAUAUCACAUAUCUAUCUUAGGUUUGAUGAGAUCAAACAUAUGUUAAUUUUUUUCAACAGCACCAUUUUGUUCCAUUUAUAAAAUGUUUCUAUUUAUAUGUAUAUUUAUCUCUACAUUUAUUUGUCUUGUCACUCAUUUAGCAUCUUGUUUUCUUAGCCAUUUUUUAAAGGGCUCUGAAACCCUGCAGAUUUGGUUAUGUUUGGAGUCUCAGGAGAAUUUAGGGGCAACACUUUACAUGGAACUCCGGAAUGUUAUUAGGUUCUGUUUCUAAGUUAUUAUUCUAUACUGACAAAUGACGUGCAGGCAUAAAUCCCUUUCAUUGAUAUCUGAAACUUUACAUUAAUUAAAAAUGUCAUUGGCACAGAAUUGAAAAUGUUUUUUAUCUAUAUCGCAUUUUGGAGGCUUUGAAAACAUUCUGGCGGUGAAAGGCUGUGCAGUGCGUUAGAUGUGGACGAUCACCGGUAUAAGCUAAUAUUUUUGUUGAGAUUUAGUUAAAAUAGCUUUCAUAGAAGGUUUUUUAAUUUUUCUUGUUUAAUUUCUGACACUUUAAAACCCAAGUACUGAUACAUUGUGACUGUAAACGAAUGCGAAACAUUUCAUUGUAAAGGCACAGUUAUGUGUGAAGCUUGUUAUCGAGGUGGUUGAUCACGGUCAGGAAGAAAUGGCACAUAUACGUUCCAUGUUAAAUCCAUGUUUUUUUGUUUCCAUCACAGUUGAUUGUCUUGUCUUUGACUGGGUUUCUGAGUCACUGCAUCUUAUUAAGAGCAACAGAACUGUCUCCUUCUCCGUCCUCGGAUUUCAUGUCAACCGGACUUUAGACAAUUCCAUCUCCUUUUUUCUAAGGACACUGUUAAGGUGAUGCUCUUCGGUGACUUUGUUUGUGUGUGUGUGCGAGUGUGUGUAUAUACACGUUUAUAUAUAUAUGUAACGUGUGUGUUUAUGAGAGUGGUGUUACUUUUGUAGUAGUAAAAAUCAGUGUCAAAGUGCGAUGGGAGGGAGAAUUUUGAAUGGCCAACUUUAUAUAAAUAUAUAUAUUUGUAUAUUUACCAAAUAUUACUAAAGCACUUUUACUCUAAUGAACAGCACAAGAUGAGCUACAAUGUCAUUAGGCUGUUAAAUUCUGUAAGUAAAUCUGCCAACCUUUGGUAUUUAAUUAACUUUCGUCAGAGUCUAAACUAAAUUAUGAGAUGACGCACUAAAAUGGAAAACUAAUGUGAAAGGGAUAAACCAAACCGACUUGACAGCACAAUCAUUCACCCGGCUAACAGGCUGUAGACCAACUAAGAAAGAUAUUUUCUGCAAAGCUUGUGUAAUUUUACAGGAUUUGAUUCAUCAUUAUUCUGUUUGUAAACAGAACUAAGACAGUUGACAAAAAAUACUAAAACUCUUUCACUGUAUGUGAAUUUAGUUUAAAUGUAUUAUUAUACAAUGAUUGAUGAUUCAAAAGCCAGCACAGGGCUGCACGAUUACGACAAAUUAUGACCAGGGUUGGAGCAGAUGACUUUAAAAUGGAGACAGAAUUCAAAAUUCAUGACAUGUUUUUGGCAAGUGGUAACAUAAUUCAUUCAAUUUCAAUCUAAUCUGAGCAGUUUGGGCUAUUUUGACUUGCUCAUUCUAAUCUGGUAAUGUAAACCCGAUUACACGUACAUCUACCAACUGUGUAUAUGAUUAAUACUAAUGCAAUCAUUUUUUAGCAGGUCUCUCAAACAGUUUGCUGGCCUAAAAUAAGGGGACAGAUUUAACAUAAAUCAAUUGUGGUACUUCAAGUUUUGUCCUCAUUCCUAAAAACAUAAAGUGUCAUCAGGAAAUUCCAUUUCUUAUUUGGAUGUGGCAGCAAUUCUAAUGCCAUUGGUAAAAUGGGAAGAUAGUGGCUUAAAUUGGGUAAUUGUGCAGCCCUGAGGACAGGAUGGUGUGGCAGCUGAAUGUCGUAAAUUAAAGUUUUGCAGAAAUGUGUAAGAGUCUUAUAUUUAUAUCUCACUAUUGUUUUGUAGCGAUAGGCUGAAGAAUAGUCGCUGGAACGUGUCUUAAGGUGGACUUAUCAAGAAUGUUCCUUGUGGAUAUGUUCAUAUUUUUCACAGGGUUGAUAUGUUUAUUGUUUAAAAAUGUUUAUCAAAAAAAAAAAAAGCCAAUCACACAAUUUCUUCAGUUGACCUUUAUUCUAACCAUGAUCAUGUCUUCAUUUUAUGUUUUCUGUUCCUGAAGGUCAUCAAGGCCUGGCAAUGAACAUAGACCUUUAUUGACUUACAGGAUGUUUUAUUGUGUAUUCAUAAAAAAAACAUAACGUUUGCUGUUUAAUAUUAACUGCAUUUGCGUUCAGUGCUUAUAGAUGAUUAUUGUAAUAUUCAACUAUAGGCUGAGUAAGGGCUGCAGUUUUUCUUAAGUGCGCAGUGACAGUGGGUUGUUUUUAUUGUAGCUUAACAGGGCUGAAUUGUACUGAGAUUUAUUGGAAGGUAAACUCUUGUACUUUCCCAAAGAUAUGUAAUAGUUAAGUGAAGUUCAUAGCCAAAUAAAAAAUAGUUUGAA